AUGUGGCGAGACCGCACCAACCUCUAUAUUUCCUACCGUCAAUCGUACGCACAUCAUCCGACGCAGCGGAACAAGUAUGUCGGCUCGAAUAUCUCAGGCUCCAAUGCCUUCUCUGCUGCGUACUCAAGUAGCAGCUAUGCUGCUGAAGAUCGAAGGGGGCUCCUCUCGAGUGGCGGGUUCGACGACGAUGGCGACGCGGUGAUUGAGAUGGAUUUGCUGCCGCCUCGCUGGGCUGAUGUCUCCGACGAGAUUACUGAGUUGCUGGCCGACGUGGCGACCAACGGACACAACCUUGAGAAGCUACAUCAGCAGCAUGUCCUCCCGGGAUUUAAUGACGACGAGGCAAAAAAGACACAAGAAACACAAAUUGAACGGCUGACCCAACAAAUAACGAAAGCAUUCCAUGACUGUCAGCGGAAGAUCCAGCGUGUGGAGCAAAUGGUUCGCGAGUCCAAAGAGUCUGGAACUCUUACGAAAGCCGAAGAGACGAUGGCAAGGAAUAUUCAGAUAUCUCUAGCAACAAGAGUUCAGGAAGCGAGCGCUAGUUUCAGAAAGAAGCAAAGCGCAUAUCUUAAGAAACUUCGAGACAUGGGAGGACUAGGCACCCUCACUCCAGGAGACUCAUCCUCCAUGCCGCAGGCGGGCUCGGAUAUAGACUCGUCGCUACAAGAAUCAGACGCCGACCGGUCUUUUUCGCAAUCUACACUCCAAGCCGCAUCGCAACAGAAACUCCUGCAUUCCAACGACGCUGCGAUAGCUCAGCGAGAGCGCGAGAUCGAGGAGAUUGCGCAAGGUAUUAUUGAACUAUCUGAUAUAUUUCGCGACCUUCAAACGAUGGUUAUAGACCAGGGCACAAUGCUUGACCGUAUCGACUACAACGUGGAGCGAAUGAAUGAGAACGUCAAAGGCGCUGACCGGGAACUGACGGUGGCCUCAGGCUACCAGAGAAGGACUACCAAGAGGAAAAUAAUCCUUCUCCUCAUUCUAAUCAUUGCGGGAUUAUUUAUUCUCCUUCUCGUAAAGCCAAAGAGACAUGAUUGA